AACUUCUGCACCUUUUAUGUUUCUGCCUGUGGUUUUUGGGCUUCCAUCGAUUCACGCGUAACACGGUUGAUGGACGCGUUGGGCUCGAGUGAAUAUCUUACUGGUUCAACACACGGAUCGAUUGCGGGAUACUGCGCUUGAAGGAAAAACGACUGUACGAAACUGAACAAAAAAACGAUAAACAAAACGGUUGUUGAAGAGACGUGUGUGGGAUACCGGUACAAACGACAAACAUACGCAUAAGAAAUCAUGCACACAGCACUACCAACAUGGCUCGCUCUGGCAGCAGCAAUAAUACCCAGCGCAACGGCGUUUUACCCGUACCACUACGACGGCGGUAGCACUUCCUCAUCGCCGUCCCCACGGUCGCAACAGUUCUCUCGAUCCUCGAAGGAAACCACUGCGCGCGGUGUCACGCUUCCUCUGCGCCGCAUCGCCACAGGCCUACAUUCCCGGCAGAGCAACGUGUACAACAUAGUCAACUCGAAGGACCCGAGUCAAGAAAAGAGCGUGGCCAUAGACCAAGAUGGCAAGGAUCUCAGCUACAUGGUCGCCGUGACCUUUGGCGAUAGCAAAGAGGAAUACCACAUGCUGCUCGAUUCCGCAGCUAGCAACACAUGGGUCAUGAGCCAGGACUGCAAGAGCGAAGCGUGUAAAACGCAUACUUUGUUCGGCAAGGGCGAUUCAAGCACCCUCAAGCCCGACACCAAACAAUUCAGCAUAACCUACGGCACCGGCUCCUCCAGCGGCACCCUCGCCUCAGACACAAUCCACAUCGGCACCUCUCUCUCCUCGCCCCUAACCUUCGGCCUUGCCACCAAUGUCUCAGACGAAUUCCGCGCGUACCCCAUGGACGGCAUCCUCGGCAUCGGCCGCGGGGGCGCAGCCAGCGAUGGCGAAAUCGCCGCCCCACAAAUCAUGGACGUGCUCUCAUCGAACCGCCUCAUCGCCGCCAAACUCUACGGCAUACACCUGAGCCGCGCCAAGGAUGGGUUGCAAGACGGCUCGCUGGACAUUGGACAUGUCGACACAACGCGCUUCUCAGGCGACAUGAACUACCUCGAUUGCGUCGAUAACGACGCGGGGUUCUGGGAGAUAUCCUUGCAAGGCGCGAGUGUGGACGGCAAAGACGCACUCGCUUCUUCUUCUGCUGCUGCUGCUGCUGCUGCUACCGCUAACGCAGGCAGAACAGCGAUUAUGGACACGGGUACCUCGUUCAUCCUGAUCCCGGAGCCAGAUGCACAAGCUAUCCACGCGUCUGUCAAGGACCACGUACAGAGCGGAGAAACGUUCUUCGUACCCUGCGACACAAAGGCGCAGCUUAGCUUCUCGUUCAACAAGGUAGCAUACAAUAUCUCGAGCCAGGAUUGGAUUGGAGAAAAGGUCGAGGGCCAGGGCGGGCUGUGCAGGAGCAACAUUAUUGGCAGACAGACGUUCAAGGCGAAUCAGUGGCUGGUGGGCGAUGUGUUCUUGAAGAAUGUGUAUUCGGUGUUUGAUUUUGACAAGAAGAGGGUGGGGUUAGGGGUCAAGAGGGGGGGCGAGGAGGGCACGGUUGAGGAGCAGAGUGCGACUUCUUCAGCUGCACAGUCUUCAGUCUCACAAACGGCUUCCGGUAGUGCUGCCGCACCCACUUCGACGGCUGUGGCGGACAAUGUGCCUCAGGGUCAGCAGGGCAGCAAUGCUGCUGCAGGACACUUUUCGUCAUCAUCUGCUCUAGUGUCCACGGUAGCACUUGCUGUCGUUUUAUUGUUCAUGUAAAAACUUUUACGGGAAGGGGGCGUUUUUUCUCUCCACAGUCUGUCAUACGAGGGUGGAAAUACACUAUGGUGGUACAUAUCUGUGCAUAUAUACAUAUUUAUCGAGAAAAAAAUACAAGAAAACAUGAA